AUGAAAGAAAACGCAGGAAACCCUCUCCAUCUCACGUCACUAAACCAUGUCUCUCUUGUGUGCCGAUCCAUCGAGGAAUCAAUGAACUUUUACCAGAACGUGUUAGGGUUCUUCCCGGUUCGAAGACCUGAAUCCUUAAAUUUUGAAGGCGCUUGGUUGUUUGGACAUGGAAUUGGAGUGCACCUCCUGCGUUCUCUAGAACCUGAGAAACUUCCCAAGAAAACUGAGAUUGAUAUCAAGGCUAAUCACAUCUCUUUCCAGUGCGAGAGUAUGGGAGCAGUGGAGAAGAAGCUGGGUGAAAUGGAUAUAAAGUAUGAGAGGGCAAUAGUAGUAGAAGAAGGAGGGCUCCAAGUGGACCAGCUCUUCUUCCACGACCCUGACGGUUUCAUGAUCGAGAUCUGCAAUUGUGAAACCAUUCCCGUGGUUCCCCUCGUAGGAGGAAUGGCUCGGUCAUGCUCAAGAGUCGAGCUCCACCAGAUGGUGCAGCCGCAGCCACAAACUCAAAUCCACCACCAAGUGAUCCAUCCUUAG